AUGGUUGAAGCUUUUGUAGAGUUCUAUAAAAAAUUAUUCACAAGUACUGAUCAGAAGCAAAUUGUGUUACCAGCCCGGGUUAAUAGAGGUAAGAAGCUUAUAGAAGGUCAUCUGAGAUCUCUUCAGGUUGCUUUCACCAAAGAAGAUGUUAAGAGAAUAAUUUUCAGCAUCCCUGAUGACAAAGCACCAGGGAGUGAUGGGUUUAAUAAUAAUUGUUUCUACAAACACUACUGGGAGGUGAUAUGGGAGAAUAUUUGUGAAGCUGUGUUAGAAAUUUUCAAGACAUGCAAAUUGUUGAAGGCAGUUAAUGUGAACACUCUCACUUUGAUUCUAAAACUGAAGUGCCUUGAAAAUGUUACUGAAUUCAGGCAUAUAGUCUGUUGUAAUGUACAAUAUAAGUGCAUUACAAAGUUACUAAGUGAGAUAUUGAAUCAGGUCCUUCCUGACAUUGUCUCUGCAAGCCAAGGAGCUUUUAUUACAGGAAGAAAUAUUCUCCACAAUGUGAUGAUCUGUCAAGAUCUCUUCAGGUGCUAUAAGAGGAAAAAAACAAGAGCAGUUGCACGAUGA